AUUUGUGAUAACGUCACAGUGUGAUAAAGUCACUGCUACUUUAUGUAUGAGUAACAGGCACUGCUACUUAUUGAACCACAGUGAAAAGUAACAGUGAUUGCUACUUUUAACAUCACUUAUGCCCAUUUAAGGGAAGCUGUCAAAUAGGCAAUAGCUAACGUUAAGUUUUUCUGAUUUUUCGUGACAUUAAGUUGUAAAUCAGCAAUUAAUCAAAAUGGCUUUAACUGGUUGUUAUGCAUUUAUAAAGCAUAUAGUAACUCUUCUCAACAUACUUUAUUUGGUAAGUAGGUACCUAAAUAGUAAACAAUUAUAUUCUAAUAUAUAUAUUGAUAUUACUUUUAAGUAUAGGUUCUAAUUUUUGUAUUUAUACUUGUAAAUAGUGCCAUAUCCAUGUUUAUAAUUAUAUAUGUGCUUAUGACUUGCUAGAAAUAUAAAAACUAAAAUGAUUUUGUAAUUAUAGUGUAUUUCCUUUUAAAGAUACUACAAAAUAUUUCUGUCCAAUGACUUUGGAUUGAAAUUUAGCUCAUCAUUAUCCAUACAUGAUUGCAGUCAGCACAUUACUCAAUUUCGUCAACUUGUUUAAAGUUUUUUUAAUAAAUUACUUGAUUUAAAUUGGAAGUUCAACUCAUUAUCAUUUAGUCAAUUGUGAUUUUUAGUUUGUUUGAAAGGUCAAAAUGGCUUAGAAAAAAUUUGGAUUAGCUUAAUCUGUUGUUUAAAAUACAUGUUACUAUUUUAUAAAAUUCUAGUUGUAUAGUGUGCACACUAUAAAAACAUUAAAAAUUUGAAAAUUGUCAAUAAAUGUGUAUUUAAAUAAUCCUAAGCUCUUUCCAAAAACCCCAUUUCAAUUCGAAGUCACCGGACAGAAAUAUUUUCUAUUACCUUUAGAAGGAAAAAUACUAUAUAAUAUGAAAAUUCUAGUCUAAAAGUCAAUAUUGUGAUUGCAAGGCCAUUUUAUGGUAUUGUCUUAAGUUAAUUCUAGAAAGUCUAUCUACUUAUGAAUUAAACAGUAUUUUAUGAUGUUGCAUUGGCUACUGAAGGUUUCCUUUUUCUCAGGCAGGUGUAUCUUAGAUUGAUUUCUUCAUCAGGUUUGCACAUCCAUCUUAACCUGUUUAAAUUAUAUUUUAAAAUUCCAAUUGUCUCUGUGUAAGUUAAAAGUUCUGUAAACGCGCAAUUUAAAAACAAAAUGUCUAAACAUUAUUUUUUUAAAAAUUGUAUUUUAGCCUUUAACAAUAGAGAUAUUGUUGGGAUAAAUUGAUAUUAGGAAUAUUAUACUAAAAAAGUGGAUGUACCCAUUCAUAUUAAUAAAUAAAUAAAAUUAUAAAGAAAAACAAAUGACGUUACAAUCUUAGUUUUAAGUUGAUAAUAGUUCGAUUUGCUUUGAUAUUAAAAUAAAAAGCACAGAGUUUUCCUCGCUGAAAUAAAAUUGGCCAUUUCUCACAGUUGUAAAACAGUGACAUUAUAUGUGUGUAUAACUGUUGCUUAACUUACUCACAUGAAUGAAUAUUAACUAGUAGUAGUAUUAACUGAGUAUUAAUUAGUAUUAACAUAGAUUUUUAUUUUUUUAUAAGUACACACAUAUAUAUAUAUAUAUAUAUAUAUAUAUAUAUAUAUAUAUAUAUUAAAUCUAUGGUAUUAGCAUUAUAUUGAUUGUGAUAUGGCAAAAGGGUCUAAGCAACACGGCUUCAUUAUUGGAUGGAAAGAUAUGGGUUUCGUCCAUUGCGUGUGCUCAAAAACAGCUGUGAUCAUUAUUUAACAAACAAUUUGAAUUUUAAGUUAGGGGCAUAAAUGAUACUUUUUAUUUUGUCUUCUCAAUUAUAGGGUCUAAAUGAUAUAAUAAGUAUUUAAUUACAAGCAAAACAGAAUUAGUAUUUCCAUUAUCUAUAAGUAUCUAUAUAAGUAAAAAAAUGUAAAAAGAAAUAAUUUUUGUUUCAGUCAUGCGGCCUACUGUUAAUGUUUCUUGCACUAUGGAUGUUGAUUGAUCCAACUUUUUCUAUAAGUAUGGCUCAAGAUGAAGCUAGUUACUAUGCAGGUGUAUAUCUUAUUCUAUUCAUUGGAGCAUUACUUGUUAUUGUCGGAUUUCUUGGAUGUGCAGCUGCUAUUAGUGAAUCUCAGUGUUCACUUGUUCUUGUAAUACAAACAUUUUAAUUCUUUAUGAAUUUUUUAAAAUCAUAAAUUACGUUUUUAUUUACAGUAUUUUUGCUUAUUGCUUACUGUUCUUGUGGCUCAAAUAUCAGCUGUCAUAUGGAUAUAUGCAAAUAGUGAUAAAUUAGAAAAAUUAGUUCAAUACACUGUUAAGAAAACAGUUCAAUCAGAAUAUGGUUUAACUGAAGCCCGCACUGAAACAUUUGAUGCUAUUCAAAGUGGUGUAAGUUGUAACUAUUUUCCAUUAUGUUAAUUUGGAAAUAAUAAAUCAUUUUAGGUUUAAUUUGUUUGGAAUUUCUUUAGGUAUCUAGUAAUAAUUUUAUCAUAUUAUGACUAUUUUCAUUAAUUAAUCUUGUAUUUUUCCAAAUCAUAGUUAUUAAUUCUUAUCAAUAUUAAACCCAAAUAAUUAGAUUUUUAGUUUAAAUCAACAUAGUAUAUUUUAGUUAUAGUAAUAAAUUUAUUUGUAUAUUUUAAUAAUAUUACUCAAACACUACAUGAACCUGUGAAACUGGUUUUUUUUGAAAACUGCACUAUUCAAAACAAUUUAUGCACAAAUUAUAUAAAAUAGUCUGUAUCCAAUUCCCAUAAAUACCUAUUCAGUAGUAUUUAAAGCAGAAGAAUUCAGAAACGUAUCGUUCAAAUUUUUCAUAACAAUAUGUAAACAUUUUUAGAAAUUCAUUUGAUUGAUUAAAAUCUUCAUUAAAAUAUGUAAGUUUUUAUUUGAAAAAUCAAAGUUUGUAUUGCCACUCCUUAAAUGUUGUGAAAAAUCUAAGGAUUCCAAAAUAUUUUCAUUCACUGCACUUGAAAAUUCCGCAAAAUCAGAGUUUUAAUUUAUGCAUAAUUUAACUAUAAAAAUAUGAGCAUGCUUAAAAAAUUUCUCUGUAUAAUGUUAUUUUAUUUAAUGGUUGAUUUUUUAAUUUGCAUGUUACUUUUUAUAGUUUAAAUGUUGUGGUGCAUCUGGUCCAGCUGAUUGGGCAAGCAGCAAAUAUAACAACUCACAGACUGAAAAUAUUAAUCUUGCAAUAAGUUCUCCAGAGCAAUCAUAUAAAAUUCCAGCGUCAUGUUGUUCAUCUAGUGAUGCUAAAGAAUGUUCAAAAGCACAAACUGCUGUAGCUUUUGGACCUAUUUCUAAAUUAAUCUAUCUUGAGGUAAGAUUAUUUAAUAAUUAAUUGCAUUUUUUAUUUAAUUUAGAAAAAAAAAAAUAUUUUUUCUAUGGUUUAUAUCUUUCUUACUGCAGUGGCACAUACAUCAUGAAAAGUAUGUUUAUUUUUAAAUUGUAUAGGCACAUUCAAAUUACAUAAAUGUGAUGAGUUUUGUGGGAGGCUAAUUAUGUAUGCAAUAUGGAUUAUAUGCUUAUUACAAAAGAUAUAUACACUUUUUAUAUUUUAGCGUCAACAACUGGGAUAGUUAUAAUGAUAUUGUGUGCAUUUAUGUAUUUUGAAUUAUGUCACACGUUUAAAUACCCUAGAAUUAGCAGUAUUUUAAAUAUAUAAUUGAAUCUUGUAUCACGAUACAGUACUGAUAAAGUAUCUAGUAUUUUAUAUUACAAUACUAAAAUAAAUUUCUAGCAUCGAGUAUCUAAAUACUCAUUUUGAAAUAUCUUAAUCAUAGUCACCUGGAGAAGGGAGGAUUGCCUACCUGGAAUUUUCUAAAGAUUUAUUAAAAAUUUUUUUUUUAUUUUAUUAUUUUAAAAUUUUUCAGUACAUUAGGUGCUAUUACAAGUACAAUAGAUUAAAAAUAUGGUUUAGUAUUUACAUUUAUCUUAAUUAUUCUUCAUCUUCCGACGAGAUCUCUUCAGUGUCCGUUAGGAGGGUGUCUUGAGGUAAUCGAGGUCGAAGUCGCCUAUUUUGGGUUUUUCUUCCUAGUUUGUAAAAACGGGCUCCUUCGGAGUCUUUCAGCUUGGCGUGGAAGUUUUUAUGAGUUAUAAUCCAGACAUUUAUUAGGGAUAUUCCAGUGAAGUUGUGUAUCUGGUAUUAAAAUUUGAAAAUGUUUAUAUGAAUGUGAGGGGAAUUUCAAAAAUGUCUCCUAAUAAAUAAAAAUUGCAUGUGUUGUUAAUAGUAAAAUUAAUAUUUUAAUUUUGAUGUACUUAGUGUUUUGUAUUGCAGAAGUAUCUAGAUCCUAAUUUAUAUCUAUCUAGUCUUUCCCUGAAAUAUCUUAAUGUGCAGCACCAAUAAUCUAUUUAAUCUUGACUAUGCAAUUUAUUUAUUUACUAAUCAAUGCAAUAAUUAUUUAAUAUAUAUAUAUAUAUUUUACUUUCAGGGCUGCACUGUAAAAUUAGUGAACUCUUCACGUGAAUAUAUGAUUAUAUUCCUGUUGAUAUUGGUGACAAUCGCGACAAUUGAAUUUUUUGGUUUAAUUCUAGCAUUAAUAUUAUGCUGUGCAAUUAGAGCAGUUAACACUUACAAAAAUUAAAUUCUGGCUUCAUGUAUUUAUGAAGAAUUAAUAUUGAAAUUCAGUUUAAAAUAUGUAUUCUAUAAGUGUAAUCAAUACUUAAUAUUGGAUUAGAAGUUGAGUAUUUUAAUAAUUUGAUUGUUGAGAAUGAUUACUGGUCUCGUAAAGUAUAUUUGACCCAGUGUGAGUAAAUAAUUAUAUUAAUUUCAUGGAGUAUUAUCUUAUUACUAAUACAGUUUUUAUCUUUAUAUCUUUUAUUUGGAUGUACUUCGUUCAUGUGUCAAAUUUAAUUUCUUCUUUUUCUAUUACAUUAUAUUUAUUUUUUUACUUAACUACUGUAACAGAUAAUUAUCAUACUUCAUUUUUUUCUCAUAACACAUAUAUGAUGUGUGUAAAUGUUUAAAAAAAAAAAUAAGUUAUAUUUUAUUUUAUGACUAUGUGUUACAAUAAGUGUUUGAAUGUUGCAUUAGAUCUAACAUGAUACGUGUAGUCUGCUUUUUUUAUUAUACUAAAAAUAUAAUUAUUCUAAACCAAUUGAUGUACUAUUUUUACUACUUAUUAAUUUUGAAUUUUAAACAUAGUAUUAGUAUAUUAAUUUUUUCUUUAUUAAACAAUUUUUAAGUAUAUAUUAUAAAUUUUAAAAAUUGUUAGUUCUAGUAAAAUAUUGACAACUACUACUAUCAUAGUAUCUUUUAAUAAUAAAUUUAGUGUUAUUGUAACAAAAAAAUGUAAAGUCAAGUAUUUAAUUUUAAUUUUAAUCUGUCAAUAUUUAAUAUGCUAAAAUAACCAACAACUGUAAUUAUUGUAUAAUUUAUAUAUUAUGGUAAAUAUUAUGGAAUCAGUUGAUGUUGUUAUAUUUAUAUAUUAGCCUAUUUUGUGGCUCUAAUUUUAAUAUUAGAGUAUAUUGGCCUAUUAUCAAACUUAAAGGUGAGAAUAUUGUUUGUGAUUACACAUUUUUUUUUUUUUACAUUUUAAUUUUAAGGAAAUAAGAUGAUGGUUUUAAAAUUUUAAUAUUUUACAUAUUCACACACUUGAAAAUUUAAAUACCGAAAAAAAAACAAUGUCUUAAAGUUUAAUAAUAGACAAAUACACCCUAAUCUUUAAACUAACAGCACAUAAUUGGUUUUCAUGUACAAAAAAGUAUAAAUAUAUCAACAUUUACCGUACCAUAUACAUAUUUAUAUAAGUGUGUGUGUGUGUGUGUGUCAUUAAUGUGUUGUUUUCAAAAUAUUUAUUGUUAUUAUUUUAUAGGGACUAAGAAUAAGUUAUUAAAUUGUAUACAAUAUGCUCUAUGGCAAAAUAUUUAUUUAUCAAUGAACCAUAUAAUUUUGUUCAUGUAUUACAAACUCUAAAUUAUAAAUUUAUCAAAAGAUGUUUCUGCAAUAUGCAGUUUACCAGUAAAUUUGUAAUUAAGUAUGCAGACUAUAUACACUUUUUAUACACAUUUCAUGCUUAAAAUUGUACAAAAAUACAUGUUUGAACACCUUCAUAUUGAAGAUUUUGAGCGGAGCAAGAAAUAUAUUGGUUUUAUAAUGGGGUUCAUUUUUUUUUCUAUGAUUACUCGAUACGCUUGCCAGCUUUGCUCGUUGUAAUAUAAAUUUAAUGACCUACAGGUACAAAGCUAAUAAUUAAGUAAAUGAAUUAGUGCCAAGUGUAAACUUACACCUUAUCACACGUGACUUAUAAUUGUAAACUGCAUAUUGAAGUAAUAUUAAUCAAAAUGUAUUGUUUUAGGUUUUAAGCAUGUUUUAGUCAUAUAAUUUUAAAAUUGUAACAAUUUUGCUAAUAAGCACUAAUAUUAGUUCCUAGUCUUAUGAAUUCAUUUUUUAAUAUUUUACUAAAUGUAUAACGAAAACAUUGAUCUGCUAAGAAUAAUAUUUAUUUUUUUCUAUGUGUCAUCUUAUAAGAUAAGAACUAACAAUUUAUAUUUAACUGCCUUAAAUAUUAAAAUAUAUUUUUAUUAAAACAAAUUAUUGUACAUUUAUUAUAAAACUGGUAAACAAUAAUAAUUGUUACCAUUUUAUGGUAACAAUGAAUUAGAACCAUUACCACGUAAUGGUACUCCUAAUAAAGUUUGGAUCUAAAAACCUAAUUUGACCAUGUACUACUUUCUAAUUAAAUUAAACUGAACAUCCAUUUUUAAGGCCAUGUUUUUUAUAUUUCAGUUAUUCACAUCGAUACUUACUUAUAUUUAUUUUUCUAUCACAUUUUACGAUUCAAGGAUUUUUUACUAUUAUUGUAAUGAUGAGAUUAUAAUGAUGAUGAUAGUAAAUUGUGGGGAUUAUUUCUUUUUUUUAUAUGACUAAUAGCACGGUAGAUUAUGUUUGAAAG